GAUUUUUAUAUAAAAGAUGGAAGAUUCCGUCAUUGUUGCACGAACGCAUCUGAAUCAUGGCCCAUCGUAUCCAAUGGUUGAAGGCUGUUUUGGUCUGUGCGCUGUGGAAAAUCAACGCUUGCCAUUAUCUCCAAGAAAAGAGUGAGUUCUGCGAUGUGGCAUAUUUGUCCAGGCGUGAUCCAAACCUGGUGUAUACACCCAAUGUGACGCAAAUCCAAUUUGGAAGGACCCUACAGUUCAGUUGUCUUCCGGGCUACGCCUUACACGGCCAGGAGUACGGGGAAUGCAUGUCUGAUGGUCGCAUUUCUAUAUCUGGAGAGUUCUUCUGUAAAGAUUUGGGAAUUCGCUGCGGGUUCGACCAAUUAGACAAAGCUCAUCUGACGGUGACACCUAAAAGGACCGAGUACCAUUACGGCGAGGUCGUUAGUCUACAGUGUAACGAGGGGUUCGUUCUGCGAGGUCCAUCUACUGUCUCUUGUACGGAGGAUCGAUUGUUUGAUGUUCCCUCCAAUCUUGCAUGCGAAGCGGAAAUCAAGUGUCACAAGACAAACAGCAUUCUGAAUGUAGCUCACCUGGUUGUGACACCUGACAAGGAGGGUUACCUUUACAACGAGACGGUCAGCCUACAGUGUAGGGACGGAUACACCCUACAAGGAUCAUCCCAGGCGACCUGCCUACAAAACUUUGAAGCUCCGAAUGACCCUUCAUGUUUAGCAAGUUAUUGCGAUGCAUCUUGGAUCUAUAAUCGGCUCUCGGGCGUUCAGUAUAUGUCAGAAGAAGAUCCGAGUAGAUUAGAGGUAGGAGAAAGCAUUUACUUCAGCUGUGAAAAAGGAUAUCGUCUUCGGGGUGCGAGCUCGGUAAAAUGUCUACCCACUGGGGAUUUGGAGGGGACUGGAUUGUUGACAGAAUGUGAAAGGAUUAGUUGCAGCAAGGACAGUUUGGUGCAUGGAACAUAUGGAUUAAUGCAUGUAUCGCCGGACAAGGACUCGUAUGAUUUCAAUGAGACAGUAUACUUUCAUUGCGGGGAAGAACAAAUGGUGUACGGGUCACAUUCCGCGAGAUGCGCACAGAACGGUUGGGAGUACGAUUCCCCGUCUCUGCCUUUGUGUGGACAAAGUCACUGUGAUACCAGAUCGUUACACCAAGAAGGUAUGUACACAACGCCGAGUAUUGGCGGCAAAGUGGACGUGGGAACUAGAAUCUUCAUCAACUGUUACCAUGGUUACUUCCUACGUUGUGCAGACAAUGUAUUUUGCAUGCCAAGGGGACGAUUGGAACCUAUGGGGAUGAUGUGCCACUGUGAAGCUAAUUCCUAUCUUGUUCCAGUGAAAUAGCAAGUUCAAUACAUAAAAACUUGUGCUUAAUAGAAAGAAAACCAACAGACCUUCUGCCAAAAGGUCACAAUGACAGAUGAGUAGAUAAUUAAACCCGCUUAAUCGUGAAUGAACCAAAGUCUUUCAGUUUAUAAAACAAGAAUUCUUCGGAGAAAGACAUUCUAACGUCAAAGCUUCGCUCUCAACGAAUGUAUUAAGUUAAUACAUGUAUCUCAAUUACAAAUGAAUACUGAUUUGAAAAUAAAAUUAAUUCAUGAAACCUGAGCUUGUAUCUGUACUCAAAGUGCCUGUAAUAAAUCCAUAUGUAUACAUGUA